AAACUGAAACGGUUGCGUGUAGUAAUUAAAAAAGAAAACAGGUGGGGGCCCAUUGGAAGAUCCAGGUUAAUAAAAUACUCCCAUACUAGUCGUAGGACUACGCGUGAACCAGCAGAAGAUCAAAAUUCCUGUUGUUGAAUUAGCAAGAUACAUUUUCAAGUGAUAAUCAAUGGCGGUAGGAGCUUCUGGCUACUGGACUCAGGCCAAUGCUUUGCUCCGGAAGAAUUUAACGUUCCAGGCACGGAACAUGGGGACGAAUGUUAGACUCAUUUUCUUUCCUUUUGUUCUCUGCUUGCUACUUGUUCUGCUCCAAAGUGUAAUUAACAGUGAACUGGACAAAGCCUCGAACAAAUGUGGCUGCACUUGUAUUGAUACUGAUGGGGAUGGACAGUGCGAAGAAGUAUGUGGGCUUCAAUAUUCGUCUAUAGAUCAAAGUUUUACUUGCCCCAUUCCUAGCCCACCAGAAUGGCCUCCUUUGUUACAUGUGCCAGCUCCCGAGUAUCGUGCAGUGAGAACUGAUUUUUCACAUGGAGACCUGCCUAGUGAGUCGUGCAAAGUUACUGGAGCCUGUCCUGCCACUAUCCUUAUUACUGGAAAGAACUCAUCUCUUGGACAAGGUGUGGGUAAAAAUAUGUUCCAGAAUACACUUAAUCAGAAUGCAGGCAACAUUGAUAGUUUAGCCAAUAUUGUGUUGGGGUCAGAGUCAGAGACUGAACUCACCAAUUUUCUUGAACCGGCUUUUUUCUCAAAUUUGCCGGUGUAUUAUCUUCUGUCUAAGUGCACUACUAACUCCACGUUUCCAUUACCUUUACCUGGAGCGACAUCAAUUGGAGUUCAACAAGAUGCUAGCUGUGUUCAAGGUUUACAAUUUUGGCGCAAUAGUUCUUCCGAUAUUAAUGACGAGCUAUACAAGGGUUACAGAAAAGGAAAUUCUGAGAGGAAAAUUAAUGAGAUAUUAGCAGGGUAUGAUCUCUUGAACUCAGAUGAAGGUAAUUUCAAUGCAAGUAUAUGGUAUAACUCCACCAAAAAGAAUGACUCUGGCAAUGGUCCUAUUGCACUAAUGAGGGUCCCCCGCUCAGUAAAUUUGGUGUCAAGUGCAUACCUCCAGUUUUUGCUGGGGCCAGCAACAAAUAUGCUAUUUGAUUUUGUCAAAGAAAUGCCCAAGCCCGAAACUUCACUUAGAUUGGAUUUCUCUUCUCUGCUCGGACCCCUCUUUUUUACAUGGGUUAUUCUACAACUAUUUCCUGUGGUUUUAUCAUCACUGGUUUAUGAGAAAGAACAGAAUUUGAGAAUUAUGAUGAAGAUGCAUGGGCUUGGUGAUGGUCCAUAUUGGAUGAUUACUUAUGCUUACUUUCUUGUCAUUUCUUCAGUCUAUAUGUUUGCUUUUGUUCUAUUUGGCUCACUUGUAGGAUUGAAGUUCUUCACCCUUAACGACUACAGCAUUCAGUUUGUCUUUUAUAUGAUCUAUGUAAACUUGCAAAUUUCACUGGCUUUUCUAGUAGCAGCAUUAUUUUCCAAUCUGAAGACUGCUACAGUUAUCGGGUACAUCAUGGUCUUUGGUACUGGACUCUUGGGAGGCUUUCUUUUCCAGUCCUUUGUAGAAGAUAAAUCAUUCCCAAGAGGAUGGAUUAUAGUGAUGGAGAUAUAUCCUGGCUUUUCCUUAUAUCGUGGUUUGUAUGAGUUCUCACAGUAUGCAUUCAACGGAUCUUAUUUGGGGAUAGAUGGCAUGCAAUGGAAAGAUUUGAGUGAUGGUGCUAAUGGGAUGAAGGAAAUUUUAAUAAUUAUGUUUGUAGAAUGGUUGGUGGUCCUUUGUGUUGCAUAUUAUAUAGAUCAAGUUGUCGCAUCAGGAAGUGGUGUAGGAAAAGGUCCUUUAUAUUUCUUUCAGAAACUACAAAAGAAACUUUCAACUUCAUCUAGGAAAUUUAGUCUGCAAAGACAGAGAUCUCAAGUUGCGGUCCAGACAGAGAAGCAAGAUGUUGUCCAAGAGAAAGCGAGGGUUCAACAGCUACUACUCGAACAAAGUACAAGCCAUUCCAUUGUCUGUGAUGACCUCCAGAAAGUUUAUCCAGGAAGAGACGGAAACCCUGAGAAAUUUGCAGUGAGGGGUUUGUCACUUGCAUUGCCGCAAGGGGAAUGCUUUGGCAUGCUUGGCCCUAACGGUGCUGGAAAAACCUCUUUCAUUAAUAUGAUGAUUGGGCUCAUAAAUCCAACCUCUGGCACAGCAUACAUUGAUGGCCUCGAUAUUCGAACCAAUAUGGAUGAAAUCUAUUCCAACAUGGGAGUGUGCCCUCAACACGACCUGCUUUGGAAUACCCUAACAGGACGUGAGCACCUACUCUUUUACGGAAGGCUUAAGAACCUUAAAGGGUCUGCCCUAUCACAGGCUGUAGAAGAAUCUCUUAAAAGUGUUAACCUUUUUAACGGAGGAGUUGCUGACAAGCAGGCAGGGAAGUACAGUGGAGGAAUGAAGAGGAGGCUUAGUGUUGCCAUUUCGCUGAUUGGGGAUCCCAAAGUUGUUUAUAUGGAUGAACCAAGCACUGGAUUAGAUCCAGCUUCGAGAAAUAAUUUAUGGAACGUAGUCAAGCGUGCAAAGCAAAACCGGGCUAUCAUUCUCACCACACAUUCAAUGGAGGAGGCGGAGCAUCUUUGUGACAGAUUAGGAAUUUUUGUCGAUGGAAGCUUGCAGUGUAUAGGAAAUCCCAAGGAGUUAAAGGCUAGAUAUGGAGGCUCGUAUGUCUUCACAAUGACAACAUCCUCAAAUCACGAGGUGGAAGUCGAGAACUUGGUGAAGCACCUCUCCCCUAGUGCUAACAGGAUAUACCAUAUAUCUGGUACACAGAAGUUUGAGAUACCAAAACAAGACGUACGAAUUGCAGAUGUCUUUCAAGCGGUGGAGAAGGCAAAGAGCAAGUUCACGGUUCAUGCUUGGGGUUUGGCAGACACAACUCUGGAGGAUGUGUUUAUCAAGGUCGCUAGGGGUGCACAAGCGUUUAAUGUUCUAUCAUGAUAGUCUGAUGAUCAUGUUGAACUCAUCUUAAACAUUCAUUCUGUUCCUUGGUACAUAUGUACAAAUACAUACCUCAGGUAAUAUAUUCAGGAGAAUGAGCAUAAAUGGUACUUUUAGAAUAUUUCUUGCUAGAA